AUGGGCUGCGGUGCAAGUAAUAUUGAUUCUGGACUUAUUAUUAAAUUAACUAAUCGAUCGAGAGAUGCAUCAAUUUUUUUAUCUGGUGAACAGGUUGAAUGUACUGUUCAUUUUGAUAGUAAAUUGUAUGAUCCAGAUGUGGAAAUAAAAGAAGCUUAUAUUGAAUCACUUGGCCAAGUUGGAUAUACAACGUCGUCUAUUGUGACAGCGUACAAUCACACCGGUAGCGCCCAAACAAUAACAUAUACAGAUCAUAGAAUACCAUUUUUUUGUGAACACUACAAAUAUUAUUCUGAAUCUGCAUCGAAUCCGAAUCGAUCGACUGUUCAAGCAAUCAUUGUCCAACUUUGCCAAAAUCGUGAUAUGGGCACAUGCGGACAUUAUAACACGCUUAUCUUUGAUACGGACAUGUUUGAUGGAAAUGAUUUUAAAGGAGAACAUUUACAUAAUAAGUUCGAAUUGACAUUACCAACUCAUUAUCUUGCGCCAACAUCAUCCUAUAAAUUUGGUCUCAUAAGUGGUUUGACACAAUGUAAUCCAGCAUCGGUCACCUAUGAACUCAUCAUAGAUGUAAAAGUCAGUGGACUUUUCAACGAUUUUACGUUGAAAUGUCCUAUCAUCAUGGGAGUAGAAUUGAAUGAUGAAAGACCACCCUCUUAUGCCUCAGCAAUGAGCCUUCGUUAA